CCAAACACUGCAUCACGUAUUGACACAGUGACAAAAGUUAACUUCAUGCAGCUCAGAGUUUUCCACAAAAGACUUAAAUCCAGGAUAUGAGGUAUUAAAGAGAAGCUGCUGGUCACUUAGUGUUGAGGAUACGCUUCACCACCUCCAGUCACAUCCCUGACAUGUGACCAGCAAACCCAACAUCCAGAUACUGGGCAAGCAAACAAAAAUAAUUCCUUGCAAACUUCUCCUGACAUAACUGUGAAGAAUCGAACGCGUAACAAUGAGAUCAAAGUGCCGGGAAUGAGGCCAGAGGGGGCAGAGCACCCAGCCUGACCCUGUGAAGGCGGAGAGGAGGUUCGUCCUCCUGGUUAACUCGACAUGUGAUUAGCACUUCUGUCUGCUCCUGGGUUUGCCCUCCAGUCAGCCGGCUGUGCCUUCAGAGGACUCACAGCCAGAGGGCCACUCAGUCCGCAGCAAGCCCAGCACCAGCCACUCUUCAUCAUGCUUGGCACCACCACCACCGGGAAGAAGCUGGAUCUUUCCAGGCUCACGGACGAGGAGGCCAAACACGUGUGGGACGUCGUCCAGCGAGACUUCGACCUGCGGAAGAAGGAGGAGGACCGACUCGGGGACCUGAAGACCAAGAUUGAGAAGGAAGACACCAAAUCGGAGCUGUUAGGGAACCAGACCAGUCUGACUGAGUCCUACUGCAUUCGGUGUCUCCAGCCCUUCAAGUUCCUGGUCAACAGCAGACGUCAGUGUCUGGACUGCCACCAUUACAUCUGCAAGUCCUGCAGCCGCUACAACAAGAAGGAGCAGGGCUCAGUGUGUGACCCCUGUCACAUGGCCAGGGUCCUGAAGAUCGGCACGUUGGAGUGGUACCAUGAAAACGUCCGAACCCGCUUUAAGCGCUUCGGCAGCGCCAAGGUGAUGCGCUCGCUCUUCAAGAGGCUGAACGGGGAACACAGUGGCUCUCAGAGUGACUAUGGAGCAGAUGGAUAUGAGGAGCACAGUAUGGACGCCACGGACUCACAACACUACAAAAGGAUAAAAAAGUCCAAACGGAGGCUAACUGUCGAUCCCAUUGAUUUCCAACUGGGCUGUGACUACUCUGAGUCAAGAGGACGGUCCAAUCAGGCCCCGGGUUCCCAUGACAUCCUGGUCCUGGAUGUCGACGGGGGGGAGAUGAACCUCGCUGAAGCUCACGUGGCCUCGGUUUUCCAUCAGAUGUCGGAGCAGCAACGUGCAGAUGACCAGAUGUUCUCGGAGAGUCGAACCGUCCCGUCCCGCUCCGUCUCCCGGCUCAGCCACACCUCCUGUGGUAGUGGCAGUGGGGGGGGCCCCCGGGGCAGCGGCAGCUACCUGCCCGGCCCUGACGACUCGGAGGAGGACGAGGACGAGGACCAGUGCCGGCCCUACCUGCUCUACCAGUCUCACCUGGGCCCCUGCAGCCAUACGUCCCAGGAGAGCUUGAACUCAGCCCUCCCCCCGCCCCAGAUCUCUGACCUGAACAGACACAUAUCAAACAUAGAGACCAUCUUGAGUCGCUUAGAACAGAAGGUCACCUCCACAUAUGACCAGGCGUCCCUAACCCCGAGCAGCAGCUCUCCUCUUCCUCAGUGGGAGGGAGUGGACCUGGAGGAGCAGCAGCUCAGGCAGAAGCUUCACGACAUGACGAACGACAUCAGUGACCACAGCCUGACCUCGGACGAGGACGAGUCCAGCGGGCCUCAGUCCUCGCAGGAGGUCCCGGCCUGGAGGAGCCCGGAGGGGGACAGCAAACCGUCCAGACUCCCGACCAGGCCUUCGUCCAGGACGAGCACCGUGGACUCCAUCCUGGAGGAGGAGCCUCAGCAGACUGACUCUCAGAAGACAAACCACAUGACAGACAGUGUGGAGAGGAAGUGGCUCCCCCUAGAGGAGGGGUCGGAGUCGAGCUUCAGAGGCUCGACAGCUCUACUGGUCGAACUGGAAGGCCAGGUAGCUCAAGCAGCUGCCGACGUCCAAAACGCCCAGAGCGAGGUCUCUUACAUAGAGAACAGGAUCGCUGCUCUGAACGCUGCCGGCAUGCCUGUGGAUAAGAAGAGAAGGUCUGCGAUCCCGGUCCACCCGAGAAGACUUUCCCAGAACGUCCCCUCAAGCCAGGUGGACAGGUUUGUGAGGAACUCCCUCUACAGGGGCUCCCUGACGCAGAGGAACGCCGUGGCCAAGCCCAAGACCGGAGCGAACUGUGCGAAACCAGUCAUGACUCAGGGUUCCUGAGGAGGAGGCUGAGCCUUUUGUGAUCCAGCAGUUUUUUCACAUUACAAAAUUGUGUCCAUUUAUGACAGUCUUCAUAACUGGACAUUUAGCAUAAUGUACUUUAUUCCAGUUGAAGGGUGAAUUACUUACAUUUCAGAGACCGUCACCUGGAGUGGGACGGCUUUGUGUUUUUAAAAAAUUUGCCCUUUUGAUAUGAAUUAGUAAUUUUACCAUAUUUAUAUUAUGAUUCAGUUACACAUAAUGCGCACUAACAUUGCUUCGAUUGCGAAAACAUUUACAUUUGUCAUAAUAAUCUGAUAUUGUUAAGAUGCUUAUUCCAAUGUUGCAGGUCCUACAGCUGGUAGCAAGCCAGUCUGUAAACACUUUAAUAUUAUCUGUCAAAUGUUGUUAAUGUUUUCAUUAAUAUCUUUGUAAAGGAGAAAUGAAAAGCCAGUUUAAAUAUCUACCUUAAGGUGUGUGAGUGUGAAUGUGAAGGAAAUUAAUUCAGUGUGUAGAGAAAUACACAAACAGUGGAGUGCAGCUGGUGACAAGACAAAACAACUGCAACCUACUGCAUGUUAUUCACCACCUGACCAGAGGAGACAAUAAUUCAUCUUUUAAAAUAUAUAUAUAUAUAUAUAAAUACACUUUUUGUAUUGUGACAUAAUAUUACAAAUGUAUGUUUGUUAGAUUUUUCUGCAUAUUUAUAGCAACAAGACACUUAAAGAAAUGUGACUUUUUCUAGAUCAACAUAAUCAGUCGUUUUAUAUUCAACCUAAAUUCAGAUUGUAACAAAAUUCAAAGAAACUAAAACUAUUUCUUUCUUUCUCAUUAUCUCCUCAAUCAAUAAUGUCAGUCAUCUGUCCGAUAACUGCAUGUUGCACAUUCUGAAUCCAGAUGUUGAAGGAAAUUGUGUUUUUGAAGAUGAUUCAAUAAUUUACAUUAGUUUUGUGUUCAUGCAGUCGAGGGACAAACUAAAUGAAAACGUUAAAUGAGACACAAACCCAGAGCAAAUGCUUCUGUACAGUUUGAGAUCACAGAAGAAUCCUAAUAGAUGAUAAUAAUAUGUCUCAACAUGAAUUCUAUUAAUUGUCUAUUUCUUAUUAAAUUAUUUACAAACAAAA